AUGCGGCAACAAUUCCGGCAUUUGGCCAUACCUUCUGUCAAGCACGCGAGCUACUCCGCCACGAAAGAGGCAUUGGCUAAAGAGUGCCAAAGCUUCAAGCCGGACAUCGUUGUCGCCCACUCCGCCGGCGUUGGCAAGGCUGUAACUCUCGCCACCACUGGCACCUUCAAUGGGCCUUUGGUGCUGUUAGCGGGAGGAAACGGCUGCGCUCCAGUGUCCGACAUGACUGGCAGGGUGGGUAGUGGGAUGAAGAGGGUUUGGGGUUCAGAAGGAGGUAUCAGAUCUCUUUAA